UCGUCGAUGAAACAAAUAAUUAUCCUUCCAACCGGUGUUUUUUCAUCGUUUCAUAUAUCAUCAUAGUUUUCACACAAAAAAAAAAAUAAAAAAAAAAAAAACAUAAAACAAAAACAACUGAGCAUAAUUUUUGGAAUGUGAGAGUACUUUUUUUGGAGCUUGAAACCGAAAUUGUUAUAAAAAUACAAAUCCAAUACCAUUCAGUCUCUGAUGCGGUUUCGUUUUGAAUGAGUGUGAAUUGUAAAGUUAAAAAAAAAAAAUAUUGAAGAAAAUUAAAAAAGGAUAUAAAUAAAUAAAAGGCGCAAGGAUUAGACCCCCACCAUUGACUGUGCUACUCUAGUUUUUUUUUUUUUUUACUGAGUCCACAAAAUUUACUGUCGUUUCAAAAAAGAAAAAAAAAAUAACCAAAACCACCCUCAAUAUUUUUUUUUUCUGUGGUUGUGAUUGCCACAAAAUAAAAAAUUAAAAUAAAUCAAAGUCCUGAAAACAAAUCAAGAAUUCUCAAGGAUCUCAGCCAAAACAGAGCAUUAACUCAACCAGGAAUACCUUCAAGUUUAUUUUUUUUGUUCUCGUCCUUUUUUCCAAUAACCUUACCGUACUUAUUUAUUUAUGCGGCAAUAAUUUUUUUUCUCUCCUUUAUUUUUCAUCCCGAAUUUGUUCAUCGUCUUUCAUUCGUUUGUCGUGUGGUCGUCGUAUAUUCGUUCGUCGUCAUCGUCGUCGGCGGUUAAGGAUAUAUAUUUCCUUCAAGUUCUUCGUCCUUUCCAUCAAAACGAAAACCAAAUCGACCUCCAAACUACCCCAACCAUAAAAAAAAUUUACCCCGAAAAAAAAAAUGGUAUAAAAUGAAACCAAAGGGAAAGUUCCUUACGAACGUUGUUUGAAUAAUUAAUUAUAAUCAGCUUUUGGAUUAUUGUUUACUUUUUACUGUAACAAGUCGGUAGAGUGAGUUUGAGUCCUGCCAGAAGGAGUACAGUAGAGUAAACUUAAAUCCCACGAAAGGCGAUCGUGAACGAUUGUAUGUUAUUGUAAAAAAAAAAAAAAAUAAAUACAAAAAUUAAUUAAACCACUCACAACUUGAGUUAACGGUAGAUACAAUAUUAUAUAGCACUCGUUCAAGAAUUUUUUAUUUUAUUUUAAUGCACGGUGAUUUAUGACUGACAGGGAUUCACUACAACUGCGAGUACAGCGAGGCUGCAAUGACGUUAAUUGAGAAGCCACACUCAUUAUCCUUGUCGCAAUUAUUGAUAUGUUCGUUAAUUGUAAUGAAAAAUGUGAAAUGUAAAAAAUAUUUUCAUAAAUUAAUUCAAACCAAUAUAUAAAAAGAGAAAAAGAGAAAGAAAGAAAGAAAGAGAGAGAGGGAGAGUUUUAAAAAAAAAUAUGGAUCAAUAAUUUAUUGUCAUUUUCAAUAAAAAUUCUGUUCGCGAAGUGAUCAUGUGUGAGAAAAUCCUUUAAAAAGGAUAAUACUUGGUGAAGUGAAAUGUAUUGAAAAAAAAAAGAAGAAGAAAAAGAAUUAAAUUAUAUUUGGAUGAAUGAAUAACAUAUAAAAGGAUUAAGGAAAAUUUUGAAAACUCCUGAAUACAAAAAAAAAAAAAAUAACAAGGUUAACCUUACAAAACAGAAAAAAAAAACAAGGAAAGAUAAACUCCCUUAAAAAAUACAAGAUAAAUACAAAAAAAAAGGAUACAAAGUACCUUCCUAUCUUCUUUGAAAGCGUGGGAAUCAAAAGCGUCUUUCUUUAACAAAAAAAAAAAAAAUAUUGAGGAUUGGCAACAACUUGGAUUAAAACCAAAUGAAAAUCUUUAACAUCAUGGAGGUGUUUCUUGUUGCUAAUCAUUUGAUGAUGGAAAAUCAUCGACCAAACCUCAUCAUAAUUUCAAUAUCGAUGUUGUAUUGGUUUAAAUCCUCAGUGGAUUGUUGGAAAUUUGAUGCACGAUUUGCGGCUGGCGGCGGCGGUGGUUCUGGCGGUACUGGCACUGGUCCUAGUGGUAAUGGUGCUGGUGGCCCAGCCACUAAUCCCACGGUUAGUGGCAAUGGCGGCCAUGGGCAAACAUCACCAAAUGGUCAUCAUAAUGUUGCAAAUGGUGCAGGUGUAGCUAGAAUUGUCAAUGUUGGAGGACCAGCGAGUAGUAGUAUGGUGGGUGGUCAGCGAACGAAUAUCUCAUCGAGCAAUUCCCAAGGACCAAUGCCGCCACCACCUCAUCCUGGAAUAACAAUGCUAAAUGUAAAUCAACAGGAUAUGCUUUAUGCUUGCCCGUUAAAUAGUAUGUGCCAAUGUGCUGGAUUGCCAAAUGAAACAUCAACUUUGAUUGAGAUUAAUUGCAAUGAGGUGGCACUUUAUAAAUUUCCUGAAUUUGUUCACAGUUCAGUGAGAUACAUUGAAAUGUCACAUACACAUUUGCAAAGUGUCGACGAUGAGACAUUCCAAGGACUUCGCUUGAAAACGCUUAAACUGAUUGACAAUGAAUUGCAGGAUAUAUCUGAUCGGAGUUUUAGCACGAUGACACAUUCUCUUAUGACGUUGGAUAUAUCUGGUAACAGAAUGCAACAUAUUCCCUUGGAUGCAUUGCAGAAGUUGCAUUCGUUGACACGUUUAGUUGCACAACGUAAUCACAUAACUACUCUUGACGGUAAUUGGGAGAGUCUUUUUGACACGUUGCGGAGUUUGCAUCUUUCUGGAAACGAAAUAACUGAAAUUGCAUUGAAUUCACAUGAUGGUGGAAAUUCAUCAUCAUCUCCAUUUGGAUCACAUUAUCCAAUGGCUGUACAGGGUGUUCAAACAUCAUCGGCAUCAACUUCGUCAUCUAUGAACUCAAUUUCGGGUCACAAUCAUAUAACCCGUCCAUUUUCAAGGCUACAAAAGCUUUUAUGGCUUGACUUGAGCAAUAAUCGGAUUUACCACAUUGGUUCAAAUUUUCUCCCCCGAAGUUUGGUAACCAUAGAUUUGUCCAGCAACUUACUGGCAAGUUUUCCUCAGCAGCUAUUUGAACAUCUCUUCGGUUUGAGAAUUGUUUCACUCAGGGAUAAUCUAAUCCGGAGUGUCCAGAAUAAAGAAACCGUUCGAUUGGUGCGAAUGCAUUUGGAAAAACUCGAUUUGGGAAUGAAUCUUAUCGAAGUCAUAGAGUCCGAUUGGUUCCAGAACAAUUAUAGCGACGUUCAUGUGAGAGCUUUGAAUUUGGAGAAAAAUUUCAUUCGUCAUUUGCCUCCAGGUGCAUUUAAAGGAACUGGAAUUGUCCAUUUGGUUUUGGCAUUCAAUGCAAUUGAAAGAAUCCAUGUCAAUGCUUUCGAUGGAAUAACUGAAACUUUGGAAUAUCUAGAUUUGGAGAGAAAUGAGUUAAGUGCAGUUCCUGGGGCUAUAAAAUCUCUACACAAGCUGAAAUAUCUGUAUCUUACGUCGAAUAAUAUCUGUCAAUUGUCAAAUCUUCCCGAGUUUGCUGGUAACCUUCGGGUACUCAGUUUGAGUGGAAAUAAUUUCUCAGUGAUUCCCAUCAAUGCCUUGAGAAAUUUCACCGAACUAUCAUAUCUCAAUAUGGGAUACAAUACAAUCACUGAAAUUCCCGAGAAUAUAUUCACUGUUUGGGGAAGUCAGUUGCAAACGAUUCUGUUGAGGAACAACAAAAUUACCCAUCUUCAUUUGGGGUCCUUUAACGGCUUAGAUCAGAUUAAGGAAAUCAGUUUGAGUUUCAACGACAUUACUAUCACCAAUCCGUAUGUUUUUGAAAAUGUCUCCCAGACUUUGAAAAUUCUCGAACUGUCAUUCGCUGUCUUUCCCGCCAGAAGCCUGGAAUCUAUCGACCCUUUAGAAGCUCUGAGUCCUCUCACCGAACUCAUGUGGCUUGGCUUGGACAACAACAAUCUCAAGGCAUUAUCAAAUGAAUCUUUUGCAGCUAUGAAAGAACUCAGCUACAUCAAUCUCGGAUUCAACCAUCUUAAACAGAUUCCACAAGGUCUAUUCAUUCCAGAAAUCCACCGACACUUGGUAGAAAUUGAUCUCUCCUAUAACUCAAUCGAAAGCCUACCUUUUAGAGCUUUUUAUAACUUGGGUGAUCUACAGACCAUCAAUAUUCAGUCCAAUAAAAUCCGUUCGAUAGACCGGCAUGCCUUUUUCAACUUAGAGUUCCUGCGGUCCAUUGACAUGUCCUUCAAUCGGCUUAAAAAUAUAUCACAUGGAGCUUUAAGCUUCAUGCCAAGUUUGGCCAGUCUUGACUUGACUCAUAACUCCCUCUGCAUGUUGUCGCUAAAAAUGUUUCAUUACGUGUCGAAUGCUUCAACACCUCUGCGACUCAACAUAAGUCACAACCAAAUUGCCAUAUUUGAUGAUGAACUGAGCUCAUACAUGUACAUCUAUCAUCUAGACGUUAGCCAUAAUCUGAUAUCGAAUAGUCUUAGUUUCAGUAAUCUUGGAAACACCCUGCGAAUUUUGAAUCUAAUGAACAAUGAACUAUCGUCUCUGGGAAAUCAUGCGUUUGGUGAUUUGGAAUUUCUAGAGGUUUUAAAUUUGUCUUAUAACAACAUAAGUUCCCUGCGUCGAAGGAGUUUUCAGGGCCUCAAUAGCCUACAAGAACUUGAUCUGAGUAACAAUCGUCUUGAUCAAUUGCAAGUCGAACAGUUUUCCAAUCUUCGAAAAUUGCGAAUUCUACGAAUACGGAACAAUCACCUGCGAGCUCUUCCCCGAGAGGUUUUCAUGAACACCCGUUUGGAAUAUCUUGACAUUUCGCAUAACUUUUUGACAGUUUGGCCAGUUCCAGCAUUCACUGACGUCGGAUUCACCUUGCGGAGCAUACAAUUUGUAGCAAAUACAUUGGAAUACUUGGAUUCAAGCAUGUUUAUAAACUCUCAAUUCCUGUUUGAUUUGAAUUUAUCUCAAAACAAGAUCACAGUGUUGCCAGAUAACACUUUUACGUUCCUAACCAAUUUGACUAAUUUGGAUCUCAGCUUUAAUCCACUGGUGACGAGUAAUUUGCGAGAGGUUUUCAUUCAUACGCCCAGAGUUCGACGCUUGAAUAUCCAAGGAAUGGGUUUGUAUGUUCUGCCACCAUUGAAUCUGCCCUUUUUGUCCCAUCUCGAUGUGAGUGGGAAUCAUCUGCAAGAGAUUUCAUCGCUUCAUGCUAUGCGAAUGUUGAGGUUCCUGGAUGUGUCGCGAAAUAAAGUGACCAAUAUAAGCAGCGUUGUGGAUCAUCUUCCAAGUUCUCUGAGAGUGUUGGAUUUAGCUCACAAUCCUAUCCGACGGAUAACAGUGCAUGACAUGAUAGGCUUGCGACACUUGAGUGAGUUGAAUAUUCUCGAUGUUAAGGUUGCCAAUCCAAUUGGAUUCUCCAAAUUGCGAAGUCUUCGUCGAUUGCAUAUGUCAUCGGCAGCAAAUUUGGGUGAAAUUGUAUCACGCAUUCCGGGUCUUCAAGAGUUACGAAUCCAUGCUGUCGAAUCGAAUAUUGGAGGAAGUUUACUUGCGAAACUUGUGAACAAUACAAAACUAAAUGAAGUCGAAUUGUAUGGUACCAAUGUGCAGACAAUAAGCAGUGAUGCUUUGGAAGGUCUUGCCCGCAGUCAUAAACUUACUGUCCGGAUAAGACAUACAAAGAUUUCUGAUCUUCCGCCGGGUAUUUUUUAUACUUUGCGUUCGGUGCCACAUUUAUCGAUUGAUAUUUCGGAUAACCGGAUAAACGCAUUGGCAGCGGAUAGUUUUUAUCCGAAUAAGACGUAUUGGGAUACAGUUGGUACAAGGAGCAUAAUGGGUGGUUUAGAUACAUCGAAUAAUCCGCUGGAAUGUGAAUGUGGAUUAGUGUGGUUCGGGCAUUGGCUAAGGAGAUGGCUGCGAGAAUCGGCGCAGAUACGAGUUAUACCUAAGGACGAUAUGAGGCGAAUGGUGCAGCGUGCCCGAGCAAAUACCUGCCAUGAUCCAACCACCGGUAAGAAGCUUCCCAUAUUGGAAAUAUUCCCGGAAGACUUACUUUGCCAAGCGAGUGCUUUGAGCAGUUCCAGUGCAAAACUAUUUCUCAUCUCAUUUGCUGCUACAGUACUGCCCAUAUUUAUGGUAUCACUCCGGUUUUUCUCAUAAUAAUUAUUAUUAUAAAAAUUAAAAAAAAUUAGAUUUUAAUUAAAAUUUAAAUAUAAUAUAUAAAUUUAUAUAAAAAAAAAAAUACAUAAAAUGCAUUGAGAAAAAGGCUGUAAUAUACACUUACCAUGUU